AUGUCUGCCUCCGAAGAAGACAUUGAGAAGAAGGCUGUUACUGCCGUCACGCCGGCUCCGGACAGCACCACACCCGGCUACGGUGAUACUGUCGCUGACGAUCAUGGUGUUGGAGAGGUUAACCCUCUGAAGCGAAACCUUCAGGGGCGUCAUAUGCAGAUGAUCGCCAUUGGUGGUGCCAUUGGUGCUGGUCUGUUCGUUUCUACUGGGAGUGCACUGCAGGAGGGAGGCCCCGGGUCUCUGACCCUCGGAUACAUUAUUGUGGGUGCUUUCCUUCUGCUUACCAUCCAAGCACUGGGUGAAUUGGCCGUUCUCUAUCCUGUCAACGGAGCUUUCUUCUCAUACUGUGUUCGCUUCAUCAGUCCUGCCUGGGGCUUCGCUGUCGGUUGGGAUUAUGCAAUCAGUUGGCUCGUCAUCUUACCUUUCGAAAUCACCGCCGCGAGUAUAACGAUCCAAUACUGGCGAGAUGAUUUAAAUAUGGGCAUAUGGGUCGCCGUGUUCCUGGUCGUUCUAUCAGCCAUCCAAUUCUUCGGUGUCCGUGGCUAUGGUGAAGUCGAAUUCGCUCUCGGUCUCAUCAAGGUCGUCGCCGUCAUCGGUUUCAUCAUCCUCGGCGUCGUGAUCGACUGCGGUGGUGCACCCAAGGGCGGAUACAUCGGAGCUCACUACUGGCAUGACCCGGGUGCGUUCACCUCCUUCGAAGGUUUCUGCACCGUCUUCACAACUGCAGCCUUUGCCUUCAGUGGAACCGAGCUGAGCGGUCUCGCUGCUGCCGAGGCUGCCAACCCUGCCAAGUCCCUCCCCAAGGCCACCAAGCAAGUCUUCUGGCGUAUCAUGAUCUUCUACCUCCUGAGUACUUUCAUCGUCGGGUUGAUCGUGCCUAGCAACGCGGACUACCUUCUCGGUGCCACCGGUUCCAACACCAAGGCCUCUCCCUUCGUCGUCUCUAUCCAGACUGCUGGUAUCAGUGGCCUGCCAUCCGUCAUGAACGCCGUCAUCACUAUUUCCGUCAUCAGUGUGGCCAACUCCGCAACCUUCGGCUCUACCCGUACCAUCCAGGCUCUGGCUGCGCGCGGCAUGGCCCCCAAGUUCCUCGCGUACGUCGACAAGGCUGGACGUCCCAUUUACUGCGUUCUCCUCCAGAUCGCUUUCGGUUUCCUCGCUUUCAUCAACGAGGCCUCGAGCACCGGUAGUAUUAUCUUCAACUGGCUGCUGGCUUUGUCCGGUAUUGGCUCCUUGUUCGUUUGGGGUAGUAUUUGCUUCGCCCACAUCCGCUUCCGACAGGCAUGGAAGUAUCAGGGUCGGGACGUCAAGGAACUUGCCUUCGCCGCCCCCUUCGGUGUCAUUGGCAGCUGGGUUGGCGUGUUCCUCGCCUGCUUGACCCUCGUUGCUGAGUUCUACGUCUCUGUUUAUCCCAUGAAUGCCGAGGCCUUCUUCGAGAAUUACCUCGCUGCGCCGAUUAUCAUCGGUCUGUUCAUUUUCUGGGUGGUCUAUACUCACUUCAACAAGGAUCCUGCACUUGACCGUGGAGCCUGGCUGACCAAGAUUGAGAACAUCGACGUCUUCAGCAACAUUCGUGAUGGCUCCCUGGAUGUUGACCUGCCUCCAAAGGUUGAAUAUGCCACCUGGGGCGAAUAUUUCAAGGCGGCGCCUCUGCGAGUUGUUCGCUCUUUGUUCUAA